AUGACGUCUUGGGUACCAAUGGAAUCGAAUCCAGAGGUUAUGACAAAGUUUUUACACAAAUUAGGUGUAGCAGAAGAUUGGUCCAUUGUUGAUGUUUAUGGGUUGGAACCUGAUCUGCUAGCACUUGUACCUAAGCCAGUUGUUGCUGUCAUUUUACUAUAUCCUUUAUCCAAAAAGUCUGAUAUUGGUUUAGAAGAUGAAGAAGAAAAAAUUAAAGGGAUUGAUACAAGUAUUCCUAGAGAUUCAUCAGUUUAUCAUAUGAAACAGUAUAUUCAUAAUGCCUGUGGCACAAUUGCAUUAAUUCACAGUAUUGCAAAUAAUCAGGACAUUGUAGGUCUUAAAAGUGGUUUUCUAAAAACCUUCUUAGAUGAUUCAAAAAAUCUCUCUUUCCAAGAAUGUGGGAAACUUUUAAUAGAGUCAUGUGAUAUAAGUUCUACUCACAAAGAGCUAGCACAAGAGGGACAAACAGAGGCACCAGGUGAAGAUGUACCAGUCUAUCAUCAUUUUGUAGCACUUAUACAUAAGAAUGGAGUUUUAUACGAAUUAGAUGGACGCAAGUCUGCUCCUAUCAAUCAUGGUUCAACGAGUCCGGAAACGCUAUUAGAAGACGCUGCGCGUGUUUGUAAAGAAUAUAUGGCUCGUGAUCCAGAAGAAAUGUGCUUUACGGUACUUGCUCUUGCUAAUAGCAAUUCAGAAGCAUUGUAA